CGCAUCAGUCACCGCAUUAUAAUGCAUCGCAUUAUUCCUGCAUAUUUAGCUUUAAUAUUUAUAUUUUUGUUUUAGCGUCGUCACUUCUGUGUCAGUCGUAAUGGACAUUGGCAAUGGAACCAAAACGAUAUACUCCGAUCCGUUGGGCAAACCGAUGGAAAAACCUCUAAGUUCUUCCGAUGUGGCCAGUCCAAUAAAACUUCUCAAUCCUGAUAGAUACGAGUUUUACACUUUUGACGAUAACGGAAAUCUAGUUAGACGAUUAAUGUCAUUAGAAGAAAUCAAAGGGAUUAUAGCUACGGGUGACAGUGACGGUUUGGAAUACGAUUCCGGAUUUUCGGAGGCUUAUAUACCAGAAAAAAGAGUCAAUGAUGUUCUGAGUAACGUGCAGAAUGUUUUAAAAGAAGAAAUGGAAAUACAUAGUACUAAAUUAGAAGGUUUUCCUACACUAGACACCCCAGAUGUAUCAGAUUCUUGGAAUAUGAUACUUCCAGCAGUUUUUGGAAACUCUGGAGCUGAUAUCACUCCUGAAAAACCGCCUUUGCAUGUAACGCCAGAUACUAUCAUGAUAGAACCUACUGAAAAACAUCACAGCACGCCUAGAUCUACACCUUUAACUAGUCCUUCGACAGCAGCUUCUAACAAAGUUUCUGGAUUUCCUCCUCUUUCAAGUUACUCUACAUCUACGACUACUGCUGCUUCUACGUCUACCUCUACAGUUACUUCUACGUCUACUUCUACAGUCGCUUCUACGUCAAUAUCUCCCGUUACCUCCACUAGUGCACCAACUUCAUCUUUCACUUCUCCAUCAACUUCUACAUUCGCAACUUCUACCACAACUUCUAAAUCUACCCUUAUUCCAAUAUCUCCUAUCACCUCUACCUUUUCAUCUUCUGCUUCUUCAACGUCUACAAAUAAUAUAUCUCAUUCUAUUACUAGUUAUACCUCUCAUCCUUUUAUUUCUGCCAUUUCUACAUUACCCACUAUUUCCAUUACUUCAGAAAAACCAACGAAAGAAGCUGAAAGAACGACAGUGCUGACCACUGAAUCCAAAGAAGUUGCUACAAACUUAGAUACAAUUAGUGAUUUCAGUACAAAAGAAUAUAUUCCUAUUAGUACAAUAACAGCUCAAAAACUAGAGAGAACUACUGGUUCAUACCAAGAUACUCAGAGUACUUAUCUUCCUGUAACUGAUAAAUUUAUUAAAAUAGAUACGGUCACUUCUCCAAAGCCAACACCCAGUGAGAUUCAAUUUAUUAAGAUUGAACCACUUACAUCUACGACAGAGUUAUCUACAACGGAAGAAGAACGGUUCAUAACGGAAUCAGCUUCAAGUUCGUCCACAAAUAAAAAUGUGCCAGAAGAAAGCGUAACAAAUUUGCAGGAACUAACAAUACAGUCUGUUGAAUCAACAAUAAACUGUACAUCAGACAAAAAUGAGAUAGACACUACAACUACACCACCAUUGAUCGAUGAUAUUAACGCCAUAGAUAAAAUAGCUGCACCAGAAAUUUUGAAUCAACUGUUUGCGACGCCAUUGGUUCAUGAUAUCAAUAGUGAAAUUAUGAGAGAUACAAUGAACCAGCUUUUGAACAACGCUCCAACAGAAAUUAGCAAUGAUACAUUCGAAACAACUACAGAAAAUAUUAGUUCUACUGAUACAAAUGAAUCAACCUUGUUUUUAAAGGAAGAAACUACUGUGGGCAGUACUUUAACUACAGUAGGAGAAAUAUUUACAGUGAAAAUUCCUUUACUACCUGCAGAAAAAGAUAAUGUAAAUACAAUUGCUAACGAUUUUAGUGAAACUGAAGGCACUUCUAUAAUACCUACUACAUUUUCAGUAUUAAAUAACACAUAUAUGUCAACUCAAACAGAAAAAGUUUUUACCAUUCUCCCUCACAAUAUUUCUACAGAAACCAAUAUUAAACCUAUAAUAGAAUAUUUAAACGGAGCACCUAUUAAGAGUACAAAGUUGGAAGCUUCUAAUGAAACUAUCACUGAAGAAGAAAAUUCUAAAGAACUGAUAAAAACAACAACUGAAACUGAAUUACCUGAUUUAAACGGUACUACAAUUAUCGGUCCAAUUACAUUAAUCGACAGUGCUAAUGACCAAAAUGAUAAUAGUAUACGAAUACCACUAAUUGAACCCACGCAGAUCACAUCGCUGAUUCUAAACAGCACAAAUACCGAUACACCUUCCAUUAACAUUAUUAUCAAUGAAUCUACCAAAGGUACUACUCCACAACUAGUUACUACUACUACUACUUCACGCCCGUCUACCUAUACAACUCCCAAUGAUACCAAAAAUAUAGUACUUGAAACUGUCAGUGUCGAAACACCUUCUUCCACGACAAUAAAAAAACCAGAAAGUACCACUGAGAAUAAUCCUAUAGCUACACAACAAAAUAUAUUACGAACUACAGAACAAUCAACAAUUAAACCACUGACUGUGACAACUAAACUUCAAACUACAACAGUGCCUGCAACGUCUACAAAAGUACUAUUAGGUACUUCAAAAGAACCAGAGAUGAAUAAAAAAGAAACCAACUGGACCUUGGUACCGACUAUUGCGCCUCACAGUGGAAACACUUUUGAAAAUCCUUUGUCUUCUGUAGAAACUUAUCCAGAGAUUUUAGAACCGUCUCAAAUUAUUGACUUAAAAGCUGAACCCUUCAGUGGUUUUGGUCUGGAAGAUAGUACUUCUGCGUUAGAAAGAGAUAUCUAUCAAUUCUCUCAGUUGUACAAUGAACUGGCGUUUGAUUUUUGGAAGACUAGCACUAAUACUUUAAGUCAUGCUAGAAGUGUUGUUGUGUCACCUUUCGGGGCUAUAUCUUUGUUGGCGAUGAUUUUCUUAGGGGCCAGAGGUUCUACAUCAGCAGAAAUGAAUGAAAUACUAAAACUAGAUGACAUGAUAACUUUCAAUCCUCAUUUGGUGCUUAAAAACGUGGGUGAAUCAAUCGUAGCUGAAGAGAAAGGAUCUGGUAUUGUAACAUCUGCUAUUAUUCGAGAAAUGUUUAGCGAUAAAAACAAAGGAAGGAUUUUACCAUUCUACAAGGAAAGAGUACGAGCGUUUUAUGAUGGAUAUGUUGAAGAGGUCAAUUUCUCCGAAAUUGGGGACAUUAUAAGAAGAAGGACGAAUUUACAAGUGAAGAAGCAUUCUUCAGGAAGAAUCCCCGAAUUCCUGACUGAUAUGUCCGUUGCCGGGAAACCACCACUAUUAGGACUUAGUGUUAAUGUUUUUCAGAUUGCAGUAUUACUUCGGCCGAAGAACGAGACAGCGAAAUGCAUUUUACUGUGCUUCCCAGCAUAAGGCAAAGAAGACUUGUUCCAAUCCCUGCGGCUCUUUAUAGAUCAGGAUUUUUAGCAGGCUACGAAGCAAGUUUGGAUGCCACAGCAGUAGCUAUCGGAGAUAAGACCAAGACUGUUAGUACUAUUUUCGUGAUGCCUGGUCAACAAGGUAUGCCUGCACCUGGAGAUGGGCUAGCGAGGUUAGAGAAGAGUCUAGUCGAGAGCUCUGUUAAAAAAGGAGCCUGGUCGAGACUUUUGCGCUCACUAAUACCAAGAGCAGGUCUGGAAGUGCAAAUUCCCAAAAUAGUCCACAGAUCAGUCAUCAACACCACUUUUGCGCUGAGCAAGAUGGGCUUCACUGAACUUUUCAACAAAGAAAAAGCUGAUCUUAUGGGCAUGAAUGGAGUACCUAAUGAACUAUAUAUCUCAGAUAUUAUUCAACUUAAUCAGUUCACGACGUGUGGUGAACGUAGAACAGACCAUCAUUCGGAGAUCUAUCCCAAUAGAGCAGGAAGAAACGGAAAAUUACUACCAUUUAUGCAGAUGAACGAUCACUUCGCGAGGGAUCUCACGGCUAGCGAUUUCCAGGAUCCCCUUCACGACCUCAGCUAUCUGGACUUGCCACUGCCCCUGAGGCCAAGACAAGCAAGAAAACCAGAGCUUCCGAGGUUGAAAUUUGACAGACCUUUUCUCUACUUUGUCAGGCAUAAUCCCACGGGGUUGAUUUUACAUAUAGGUAGAUUUAAUCCCAGACUGUUGCCGUGAGAAAGUGGUUUUAGAUGUAGGUUUAAAGUAUGGUAUGUAAACCGUGUGACAGCUGAAGUUUUGGCGAAGUGGCAGAUCUAGUAACAUUUAACAUUUUUGAAUAUUAUUAGAUAUUUUUAAAUAAUUCUCAGUAUUGUGUCUUUAGUAUUACCAAAACUUCAGUUUGUUAGUUUGUAAAUGUGUGGAUGAGGUAUUAAGUUAGUUUUUUUGUUACUAGCUCGUAGUACCGCACAAUAACGGUUAUUUUUUUGCCAUUUUGGCAGCGUAGCAGUUUAAGGUACAUAUUUGUUUGUCAUUAAUUACAAAGUAUUUUACAAAUGAUGUAUUCCAAAAAGGUUUUCGAUCACGAUUUAAUGUUCACCCAUUAUUAAUUUAAUAUCAUUUCAACAUCUCCAUUCACAUGAAUGUAUGGUUUUAGGUAGGUAUUUAAAAAAGACUCAAGAAUAAAGUACAAUUGAAACAUUUAAAGAAAAACUGUUCUUGUACUUUAAGGGAGAGUCUGUACUGAAUGUAAGAUUUGUUAAAUAAUGUAUGUUUAAUUUAUUUUUUGUAAAAAUCAAAAGAUCUGAUUUUUUGAGUUAUAUGUACAAUAUAGUGAGUAACUGAAACAUUGUAUCUAUAAAAAUAAAAAUUAUUACUU